AUGGAGUUCUUACUCCCUCGUGCCAUUUGCCGGCUGAAGCCCGCAAAGCCACCCCACCUUUUGCCUCGAGGCUGGCCCAAAGAACGUCGAGGCAUCGCCUCAGCUGUAACAGCUACACAGCAACCGGUGCCCUUCGAUGAUAUUCCGCCAUUCCCAUUCCGCACUCCACCACAACCACAUCCACUGACUGAAUCGCCCCCUACAACCCGCAAACAGCCACUCCGAGACGCAAGACCCUUCUCCGACUUCCUGACCGACAACUUCUCGCGCCAACAUGACUACCUACGGAUCUCUAUUACCGAACGCUGCAACCUACGUUGCACAUACUGCAUGCCUGAAGAAGGGGUGCCGCUCUCCCCGGCUUCACACCUCCUCACCACGCCUGAGAUAUCCUACCUCUCCGCGCUGUUCGUCUCGCAGGGCGUCACGAAAAUACGGUUGACAGGAGGGGAGCCUACGAUUCGGAAGGACAUAGUGCCGCUCAUGCACGAGAUCGGGAGUCUGCGAAGUAAAGGGCUGAAGGAGCUAUGCAUCACAACCAACGGCAUCGCCCUCCACAGAAAACUAGACUCCAUGGCAGAAGCAGGCCUCACAGGCGUCAAUCUCUCCCUCGAUACCCUCGACCCCUUCCAAUUCCAAAUCAUGACUCGCCGGCAGGGCUUCUCCGCCGUCAUCCGCAGCAUUGACCGAAUACUCGAAAUGAACCGCCUCGGCGCGGGCAUCAAGCUGAAAAUAAAUUGCGUCGUCAUGCGCGGUAUCAACGAGCGCGAGAUUAUUCCCUUUGUGGAGAUGGGACGGGAUAAAGAUAUCGAGGUUAGAUUCAUCGAGUAUAUGCCAUUCGAUGGCAACAAGUGGGCGAAGGGGAAGAUGUUGAGUUAUAAGGAGAUGCUGGGCAUGAUUAGAGAGAGGCACCCGAACUUGGAGAAGGUGAGAGAUGAGAUGAAUGAUACGAGUAAGACGUUUAGAGUGCCGGGGUUUAGGGGGCGGAUUGGAUUUAUCACGAGUAUGACGCACAACUUUUGUGGGAGCUGUAAUCGGUUAAGGAUUACGAGUGAUGGGAAUCUCAAGGUUUGCCUUUUUGGAAACGCCGAAGUUAGCCUCAGGGACCUGUUGCGAGAAGGCAACAAUGGGCAACCAAUCGAUGAGGAAGCGAUGGAAGCGAUCAAGCAAGUCGAGAUGGAUAAAAGGCAGGCGCUGCCGGGAGAUGUGCAGCCGCUAGGGUAUGGUGAAAGAGAAAGAGAACUUUUGGGACUGAUUGGUAUGGCGGUGAAGAGGAAGAAGGAGAAGCAUGCUGGCAUGGGCGAAUUAGAGAAUAUGAAGAACAGGCCGAUGAUUCUGAUUGACAAUCCACCUGCCAGCGCUUGGCCUACUCCAAUGCAUCUCUGUUCAUGGCCAGCGCCUUUUCUAAACAAAGAAAGGAGGCCAAGGUCUACAACUCUCCGUUUAGCGACUACACCCCUCGCUGUGCCAUUACACCUUUGGUUUGGCACGUACCAAUCCAUGACCACCAUCCGCGCAAUCUCCACCACAUCUCCUAAGACACCACCUCCGGAGUCAUCUUCGACCUCUUCUGCGAAAUUGGCCGCUUCGUCCCUUCCACAUCUAACAUCCUCGUCCGAAAUCCACCUCAUAUCCACCAGCGCCAAGUCCGUCACCCACCGCGUCGCUGUCGCUAUCGGCCACGUCCGUUUCUCUAAUCAUAAACCUUUGGGUUUGAUCCGUCAAAAUGCCAUCAAAAAGGGUGACGUACUAGCUGUCGCCCGCAUAGCCGCUGUCCAAGCCGUCAAGAAAACCAGCGAUUUCAUACCUCUAGCGCAUGGCGGCGUGCCUGUUGAAGGGUGCAUCGUACGUGUUGAGCCGGUCGGUCUUUCCAACUUUGACACACAACCCGAAAGUUACACUUCGAUAUGGGAAGAACAGGGGCUCGAGGAAACAUUGCAGCUUUCUGAGCCCAUCGGGGUUUACGGAGGCGUCCGCAUCUCAGUGCAGGUCGAGACGACGGCGAGGACGGGCGUAGAAAUGGAAGCGCUUACCGGAGUCAUGGGCGCCGCGCUGACAGUUGUGGAUAUGUGUAAAGGUGUUGACAAGGGGUGUGUCAUUGAUGAUGUUAGAGUGGUUGGGAAGAAAGGAGGUAGGAGUGGUGGGUUGGGCAUCUGGCGUGAGGGGCCGGAUGAGCAAUCAGAGGGGUCAAAGGGGGUGAGUGGUAACUUGACAGAGACGGAGAGAGAUACAGGAAAGGGGCCAACGCAGUUGGUGGAUGAGGUUUUGGAGAGGGUGGAGAAAGAAGGCGUCUUCGAACAAACGGAUAGUGAGAGAUCGAGAAAGGCGAAGACAUGGAAAAGGUGGACGCCAGAUGAUGGAACCCAAUAA